GCCAACAUGGUCCGCACUUCCGUCCUGCACGAUGCCCUCAACAGCAUCAACAACGCCGAGAAGGCCGGCAAGCGCCAGGUCAUGAUCCGCCCUUCGUCCAAGGUCAUUGUCAAGUUCCUGCAGGUCAUGCAGCGCCACGGUACGUUGCUCCGCGCACGAACUGCGUCUCGACCCGUCAGCUCUCGGCGUUUCGGCCGUCAGCUGUCCCACAGAUUUGGAAGAACCUCGCGACUCUUACCCGAGCCUCCCAUAUUCGGCAUGAUAACUAGGCAACGGUCCAUUCCGCCCCACGAUCGAAGCCCUUUAAGUUGCCGAGAAAUUGAACACCAAUGCGAGGGUCUUACACGUUCUCGGAGAAUUCCAAUGAUGUCCAAUGUUUAAUCUCGCGCAACAACAAAAAACUGACAGAAUGAUGUUUUUAGGCUACAUUGGCGAGUUCGAGGAGGUCGACAACCACCGCAGCGGCAAGAUCGUUGUCCAGCUCAACGGCCGCCUCAACAAGUGCGGUGUCAUCUCCCCCCGCUACAACGUCCGCCUCGCCGAGCUCGAGAAGUGGGUUGUCAAGCUUCUCCCUGCCCGUCAGUUCGGCUACGUCAUCCUCACCACCUCGGCCGGUAUCAUGGACCACGAGGAGGCCCGUCGCAAGCACGUUGCUGGCAAGAUCAUUGGCUUCUUCUACUAGACCAUGAAAUCGAAUGAGAGACGAAGGGAUUUUUAAUGGCACAAAGCUGGGCAUAUGUGCGGCGUUGAACUGUGUUUGAGGGAUACCCUGCUGUGAAUAGAAUAAGGCCUGCAUUUUUGACAGACAGGAAGAACUGCCGCCGAUCUCGCCCGUUGAUUGUCCCGGUAUUUCGCUGCCAAGCCCUGGCCCAAGAUAUCCUGAGAUGGGGAUAAUUGUGAGACUUUGAUUGAGCAAGUGACAAUCUCCGAAUCUUGAACCUGGAACCACCGGCUGUUGACACAAUCGGGACUUCUUUGACGGUCCAUCAUCAGAAGCUGCAUUCAGUGGGCUCCUGACUGUCCAGUGUACAUGUAGAUGGCCGGCUUGGGCUCCUUUUUGAUCUCCUAGUAUUAACUGCAUCUGAUCAUACAUAUGGCAA